ACAGGACUUAUUGGCAGCAAAAGGGACUCCCCAGCCUUGUGAGCAGACACACAGCAGUGACUUCCAUUUAUUUUUAUUUCAUCUUUUUUGUUUUUGUUUUUUUGUUUUGCCUUUUUUCGAGGUUGCGCUGAGUGUUUGUAUACUUUGUAUCUCCCACACUCUCCUGGCAGCUGUGAUGCAUCCAUGCUCUGCUAAACCCCUGUCCUCUUCCUCUGGCUCUUCCUGAAGGAUUGGAUCUGCCUUACACUGCAUGCUGGAUGCUGGGGGCAGCAUGUCCUGGAGAACAGGAUGCACUGGCUCCCACAAUUAAAGCUCUGAGGUCUGCAGAGGGCAGAGAAGAAGGAGGGUGAGCUCCAUCACUGAGGUCCCAAACACAGAGCUUCCUCCAGGUUGGGGGGUUUGAAUGUGCAGCUGACGGGAGCAGGAGGAAGCACAAAGGGUUAAAGGCAGUAGGGGAAAUCAGCAACAUUGGGAUUUACAGCAUGGAAGAGAAUGACCAAAAUCCAAGGGAAUUGGAUCAACAGCAGGAGUCGGCUGAGGAACCCAAUAGGGGGGUCCAGCCCCUGCUCCAGGCUCCUGGGAACCACCAGCCCCAUCACAGGGUGACAAACUUCUUCAUUGAUAACAUCUUGCGGCCAGAAUUCGGCAGGAGGAAAGAGGGGACCAGUCAGCAAGAUGAGGUCUUCCCAGCAAGGGACAGUGGGGGGACCCGCUCUGGGGCAGAGCCUGGACAGCACAGGGCUGUGGCCCUUGAGGGAGAAGGGGUCCCCAAGACCAUCACUGCCACUGGAGACAAGAAAUGCGAAGGGGGCAUGGAGGGGUCUCUGAAAUCCAGAGGACUUAACGGAGACCACUCUAUGAGCUCUGACUCUGAUAGCUCCCAAGCCAGCUCCACCAACCACCAACAACCCAUGUUGUGGCCAGCUUGGGUCUACUGCACCAGGUACUCAGACAGACCUUCAUCAGGUCCAAGAUCUCGUAAGCCAAAGAAGAAAGCCACAGUAACGAAGGAGGAUAAGAGGCCCAGAACUGCAUUCACCGCUGAACAGUUACAAAGGUUAAAGGCAGAAUUUCAAACUAACAGGUACCUGACAGAGCAAAGGAGACAGAGUUUGGCCCAGGAACUGAGUCUCAACGAAUCUCAGAUUAAAAUUUGGUUUCAGAACAAACGAGCAAAAAUUAAGAAAGCUACAGGGAGCAAAAACUCCCUGGCAUUGCAUCUAAUGGCACAAGGACUUUACAACCACUCGACCACUUCAAAAGACAGCAAAUCAGACAGUGAAUAAAAGUGGGGACAGUGAUG